GUGCAGGCCUUGUUCUAUUCAUCUUAAACGUAUUAGGUAAAGGUCAAUUCGGUCGGUUUUGGAGAUUUGUCGUAUUUUUUGCCAUAGCCUGCCUUGAAGCAUCGAUGAUUUUACAUCCAAAUCCACCUUUUAUUACAUCUUUAUUUUUAUCGAGAUGGGUCAUCUUUGAACAAAUUAUUAUUUUACGUCAACUUUUUAUUACCACAUUUAUCGCUCUUUCUCAAAUUGGUCCGGUAUUAUUUCCUUCUGAUGAGAUAAUAAUUAGUCCUUCACUUGUGGGUCUUGAAACCCUUAGCAAAGUUGCGGCUACAGAAUCUAGAAAUAUGCUUCGAACAAGCUUUCAGCCUUUCCAGGAAAACAUUACUGCACAAAAAGAAUUAGAGAAAAAGAUGGAGAAUUUAGUAGUAGAUGCUUUUUUAUAUCAAAAUGAUCCAGAAUUAACUCAGACGUAUGGCCAAGUUUUUCAACGGGCGGUGAAUCGUAGGAAAAACCAGUGA